ACUGACAGGGCGCGAGGGUCGUCAGUCACGUUUCCACGGCAACCUGGAGCGCAGCUAGCUGUUAGCUGUUGAUUAGCUGAUAUUAUUAAAAACGCGUUUUCAUUCACACAAAGUGCAGCAAUCUGGAAAAAAAUGAGGAGAAAUAGUUGGAUGCCUAAUUCAUCUUCUGUAACAUUUAAUAAUGCAGGUUCAGGACAAAGUCAAAAGAGAGACUCGCUAACCAGAAGAAGUUCCCUGUUGGUCGGUGCCUGCAACAGGAGACCUAGUAUCUGCAACAGGAGACCUAGUAUCCGCAGGAAACGGAGUCAAGCUCCCAGAGGAGUAGUUCGGGUGUUGGACGAUGACGGUAAAGACGUCACUCCUCUGCCCCUGUAUCAUGAAGAGCCAGGAGACGUGCAGCCCAAACCAGGCUGCAGAAUGACUCUGGAUGAAAUCUUUUUCGGCUUAGGACCAGACCAGAGUAAAUUGUCUUCAAGCGCCAAUGUGGUCUCUUUCAGCUCAUUGAUGGGAAGCAGCCGACUACCCAGCCAGUCAACCGCAGGUUCAUGGACUGUAGGGACUGAGGAUAGUAUUUCUAAACUGGACAUGCAAAUAUACCUACCAGCUUCAAGCAUGGUGCAGAGGAAAAGUCUCAAUGUGAAACAACAUGUGACAGAAGAGAUGUUGGAUGAGGAAGUAGAUGUCUGCCUCACAGAGACAGAUACCAUUUCACUGCUGGACAUACCCAGUGCCUUUAUGCCAGAGGAUGCUGAUGAUGCAGAAGAUAUUCUAGAGAGCAACAUUCAAUAUGCUGAGCUUUGCAAGAGCAGAAUUGGCAGCGAUAAAUAUGUGGUACGGUCAACGCAGACAUUCAAGGGAGCCCCUAAACACAAACAGACCCAGACUAACAAGACCUUCAUGGUGGAUGAAGGCACAAGUGCUUCUAUCUGGAACAUCUAUGACUCUUUCUGUGACCAAAGUGAAACCCCUGAAAGUGAGAAGGCUGCUGGCUAUCCAGAGAGUACUGUGAACACCAGCAAAGGUCAAGAGAAGAGAGGACAACAGAGCAACAGCAGCGACACAAUCAGCAACAGCUAUACCGGCAGCAGCAUCAGCUCACAGUUAGAAAUGGAAAUGUGCGGGGAGAGUGUAAAUGCUGAGUCCGACCUACAACUGAUCAUGUUGUCAGAGUCAUUUCAACAUAGCUUGUUAGUGAUGGAGAGGAGCAUCCUGGCAGACAUCUUUCAACCCAAGCUGGCUGCUUACAGACAGCUGCCCAUACUGGAAGACCCUGACAGCCCAGUGAAGCCCGAGGCCGAGGAACAGAGCGAGGAGAGCUCUUCAACUCCAACUCUGGAGCGUCUCUGGGCUUUCAGCUGCGAGCUCACCAGAGGAUGCAACAUUACCAGCAUGGCCUGGAACAAGGAGAACCAGGAUCUCCUGGCAGUGAGCUACGAUGACUGUACCUCCUGUAACAAUAAACCAGGUUUGAUCUGCUGCUGGACCCUCAAAAACCCUACGUGGCCGGAGCGUGUCUUCAACUGUCACAGUCGUGUGACAUGCUUGGAUUUCUCAGCCAGCAACCCCGGCCAGUUGGCUGUGGGGAUGUACGAUGGCACCGUAGCCAUCUACAAUGUCCAGAGUCGGGACAACGUCACAUGUAUUGACAGCAGUGAGUGUCCCAUAAAGCACCUGCUUCCAGUGUGGCAGGUCAGCUGGGCCAAACAACAGUUAACAUUAUCAGAGGUUAGUGGAGAAGCUCUCGUCUCUGUGUCAGAAGAUGGCAGGAUUUGCAAGUGGUUCUUCUGCAGCAAAGGUCUUGAGUGCAUAGACUUGAUGGAGCUAAAGAAUUGUGAGAAGAAAGCUACAGGAUUAUGGAGGGUGACCAGUUUUCUGUCAGCACCAGUGACUGCUGGUCUUUGUGUUGACUUCCAUCCUACAGAUUCCAGUAUCUAUCUGGCUGGCACACGGGAGGGCCCCAUCCACAAGUGCUCCGUCGCCACCAAUGAGUGUUAUCUGGCCACAUAUAAAAAACACUUUCGCAACGUGAACGACAUUAAAUGGUCUCUGUUUAGUCCUGAUGUGUUCCUGAGCUGCUCCUCUGACUGGACCAUCCAGCUGUGGAAGCAGGACCGCUUUACCCCCGUGUUGAGCUUCACUUCCACCCAGAGGGCCGUGCAUGCCGUCACGUGGUCCCCAAACUGGUCCGCAGUAUUUGCAGCCAUUAAUGGAGAGCAGGUGGAGAUCUGGGACCUGAACUCAAGCAUCCUGGACCCAACCAUUGUGCACCACGCUGCAGUUGGUGUGAAGGUGACGUCCAUGCUGUUUGCCACAGGGACAGACUGUUUAUUGGUCGGGGAAAGCGAUGGCCAAGUAACUGUCUAUCAGCUCAAGAACCUCAAUGUGGGAGAAGGCAAGCAGGUGGACAGUUUGGAAGAAAUCGUUCGUUCUGCAAUGUAGCUUUGGAAAACUUUUUAAAAAUGUUUAAAACUGCCAUGUAAAAAUUUUAAUCAAUUUGACAUUUUGACAAUAUCAAACAGUAUACUUGUAACACUACCAAGGCUGGCCUUUUGUUCGAGAGCAACUUUACGUUUGUGUUAUCUUAAUUAAUUCUCUUACUCUUACGCCAGUUAUUGAAAAUUUUGUAAAUUGAAGAAAAGUCUUUCUUCCAGUUUUUCUUCACUAAAAUUUUGUGCAAGUUUGGAGCGUUAUUUAGCAAUGGAUUCCUUUGGUUUUAACUUCCUAAAGAUCGAUUGCGUUAAUGCGUUAUAUAUGUUAUUUAUUAUCAUUAUUGUUCUUGCUAUGUUUUAAUAUAUGUACAUGGAUGCUGUCACUGAUGAAAAGUCACUUUACUUUUACUUUUAUUUCUCUUGAAGUCUUGAAAAGUAUCUAGAAAGGUAUGAAAUAAAUAAACAAUAUUUCAUUCAAAGUGGA